UGUACAGUUUGUCUUGUCUCUGCUGGAGCCAGAACCAGCAAAAAGACCAACAGUAAAAACAGCAAUGCAGGAUAAAUGGUUGAAUGAGGGAUAUGCCAAGAGACCCCUCCAUACUGUCACUCAUAAAAACAGGCUGCGUCCUGAGGAUCUGAAUUCUGCUGUGUUAAAAUACAUGACUGAAUCUCUAGGUUACGGUCUUUCUGAUAUCAUCCACACGGUCACCAGUAACAAGCCAUCAACCACUUUGGCUUGCUACCAUCUCCUGCUGAAAAAACUCUCCAGGCAUCAGAAAGUAGUGAGGACCAUGAAGAGAGAAGAGAACAGCGAAUGGAAUCUUCUGAAUAAGGGCUUGUUGAGAAGGACAAGCAAUGCAAGUGCAAAGAGUCAGCAGCAGGUGAACCGUCCAGCUAUACUCUCAACCCAAGAAUUCCAUCUUGUGUCUAAAACGAACAUGGUCACACAAAACAUUUAUCAACCUGUUCCUUCGCUAGUCUCCUCAGAGUGACACAGCCAAUGAGAGGAGCUCAAGGCAGUCCAGUAAGACCCAGCGGAGCCAAUCACAGGACAGAGACACCCAGAGUGCCAGAAAAAGGACAGCAGAGAGCAUAAGACCAAAGCAGUCGAGCCUAGUGGACAGAGAAGAUUCUCCUUCCUUUCUGCCUGUGGAUACAGCUAAUGAGAUCACCAUGCUGGUCAAGACACAUGAUGGGCUGAUUCCCAAGGUCUUAACUUUUGGUGAGAAGGAGAAGCUUUGUGUUUCACCGCCUAAGUGUUCCUGCAGAGAGGGGAGUGGCACCAAACUCUAUGAUUCCGCCACUUUUGAUGCCACUGUGACCAUCGAAACCUCCAGAGACUCCCAGACAAUGAAAACAUCAAUCAGACCACAUGAUCUGAGACCAGCUUACUCUGACAAAUAUCAAGUGCUAGAAUACGAACAUCAGCCUGAUGACAAGUUAGAAAAGUUGCAGACAUUCUACUCCGAGAAAGGGGCUUUUCCCAGAACGGGACAGCGAUUUAAGGAUUUAUUACUAGCCAUUGAGGAGAAAACCUACAAUGCUUGCAACCUCAGCACCAUGGAAACCACAACACAAACCUCCCCUCUACCUCGACUACGUCACACUAGAACGCUGAAGGAAGCCACACCUAGAAAAGUUACUAUGGUCGGUCUUGCGCACCACACAACACCUGGCACUGGCUCCUCGCCUUUCUUAAUAAAUGAUUCCAAACCUCCAUUGUUUCCAUCUCAGAGACAACAAACUCUCGUCAUUACAAACCUGAGACAUGCAAAGGAGAAGAGGAACACAGGAACGGGAGGGGGAGGAGGGAUUGGUGUCCCCAGUAAUACCUCGAAAAGAAACCCUGUUCAGUUGCGAACAGCUAUACAGCGCAGAGUCACGGACCUCAGCUUACCAGUGCUUCCGUCUGCUUUACAAAACAGCUCUGACAUAAAGACAGAAAUACUCAGAAUGGAUUUCAGGUGACAUUUGAGGAUAAGAGGCCUUCUCAAAGGGAAUAUGCUGGGUUCAGUACAAGUCAUGCUCAGUCGACAGCAUUUGUGGCAUACUGUUGUUUACUACAAAACAAAUCAUUUUGAUCCAUGCAUCCCUUAAGGCAAUACACUACAGGCAAAACCAUAGUUUUUUUUUCCAUGCACAUAUAUUCUGAAUAUUUUUACAGAGGAGUUUUGUUCAUAUAUCAUCCAUCUGGUUUAUAUACAUUUUUAUUCCUUAAAAUAUGGUACAAAUAUUUUUGUUUUAUAGAGUCAUAAAGGUUUUUACAAAGGGGAUUUUGGAUAUCUCUAUUUUUAACUCUACUAUAUCAGUAAAGUGGAAUUUUGAACUUGAAUUUAUCUAAUGUUCAGAUUUGACAUAUAUGCAAAUUUGGGCAUAUUUGACUAGACAGUGCUUCAUUUGCAUAUUUUUAAAACAUUACAUCAGAAAAUGUAUAAUACAAAACAGUUGUCUUAAUGUACUGUAAUUGAUCAACUGGUGAAUGGUGGGGCACCAUUGAGUCAGAUUUGUAAGUGAAGGGUCAUUGGUUUGAUUUCUCAG